AUGGACGCUCGAGAGGACAUCCCUUCCGUCGACGGCUUCACUGAAGACCAAGAGCAGGUUUUUAGGAAUUGGGUGAAUCUAUUCAGCUGGAGUUCACCCCCGUCGCUGAAGCAAGCCAACGACUAUCUGCGUCUCAAAUUCUCACAAUCAUUUCCCGAACAUGUACUGAGCGACGUCAUCGAACAGGUCUAUGCUAGAAAAGAGCUUCCCCCAAUCCGGGAAAUUGCUCCUUUUCUCCCGCCGCCGGUCCGGCCAGCGACCCCCCCUCGCACACACAAAGUGAAAUUGCCUGGGUACGGUAUGAGCAUCACGCGCCGCCAAAAAAAUACCGAUUUUCCUGUCCUGGUCGCCGACAGAGAUUCUGGCUGGAGGGCUCAAACACUCCUCAUUCGGGAGUACUGCAUGCUAGAGGCGGUUGAGAGUCUGACGAACAAGCCCGAGUGGUGGCGCAAGGUCCGCGACUCUGACAUUGCGGCGAAAUGGAGGGCAGAGAUGCUGGCCAUGGAUUGGCAAGCAUUUCAUCAAUAUGCAGACUUUACGCCAAACAUGGCCGAUGCCUGUAUUGAGGAGCUGCGCCUGAAAGCAGACAUGUACGAGCAGACAGGUCUGAUCCCCGUGUUUGACUACUCGGCGUGUGUCCUCAAAUCAGACAGCCUGCUCGACGCCGAAUUGACCGAUAAGCUGAUUGAGCUGCUGAAGCCUCUGGAGGACGUGCCAGAGUCCGCCAAAGACUGGCACCCCGGCAGUGACGGAAAGGUGCUGGACCUCGUUCAUCCAUCCAUGUGGCCACUGGUGUUCGGCAGGACACGCAUUAUGCCAGAUGAUGAAAUUAGUCUGCAUGACUGCCUCAGCUUCAUCGGCGCAGGCGAGGUGAUUCCAAAACCGAACGAGAGUGAGCAGAGACCGGCCACCUUCUGGAGCUAUCGGGAAGUGGCGACGUCGUCCAUCAACUUUCAGUGGCUACCGUGCAAUGUCGAGCUCACCGAAGACGGCAAAGCACGCAUCACCAGCUACAUCAACAACCUGCAUCCCACUAAGCACAGAGGCCUGUAUCCAGUGAUUGAGGAGUUCAUCUCCAAGUCUCUGCCAGCGUGGGAUUAUGUGUAUCGCUGGCCCACAGAGUUUCGGUACCAGCGUCUGUCUACCAUGAAAGUUGGCUUCGAGUGCACGACACCGGCCGUUUGCAAGCCGGAGUAUGAGUGCCUUCCCACCAGCCGGCUAUUGGGCAAGGCCGAGAGGGAAGAGGAUGAGGACUACGACGAGGAGGACUACCAAGGCUCCGAGCGCGAGCAGCUCGACAACCAAUGGUUCAACGAAACUCACCCGGUAAGAGUUCCCGACGUCAAACCCUGCGUCCCCGCCACCGAUGCCUACCAAGACAAGGUCAAGACGGCGGGCUUCUUCGACAACGCCAGCCGGCUGCAGGUCAUUGUCAAGCUCGCCAACAUUCACUUGUCACCGGACAAGCCGCGCUACGACGGCGGCUCCUGGCACAUUGAAGGCCAGCAAAACGAGCACAUUGUCGCCACGGCGCUGUACUACUACGACAACGACAACAUUACCGAGUCGCGGCUCGCCCUGCGGACGGCUGCCGACGCGGAGGAGCUGGGCAGGGACCUCGGCUACCUGCAAAACGACGUGCGCUCUAUUGCACACACCUUUGCCGUGGAGCAGAGCCACGAGGCCAGCACGCUGCAGGACGUCGGGUCGGUGACGACGCGCGCGGGCCGCGCCAUCUUCUUCCCCAACCUCUUCCUGCACCGCGUCGAGCCGUUUGCGCUGCAAGACGCGACGCGGCCCGGGCACCGCAAGAUCCUGGCGCUGUUCCUGGUGGACCCGCAGAUCCCCGUCAUCUCGACGGCGAAUGUGCCGCCGCAGCAGCGCCACUGGUGGCCGGGCGAGGGCUAUGUCCGUCAGCGUUUGCGGUUACCGGCCGUGGUCGGCGGCAUGGUGCUCGAGCAUGUUGAUUUCCCGUACGACGAGGCCGAGGCCAAGAGGGUGCGCGAGAGGCUCAUGGCGGAGAGGAGGACGGAGCAGGAUGGGUUUUGUUGGUGCAAGCCAGCAAGUUGGAGUCGCUUGGCUAGUCGAGCUCAGUAG